AUGGGAGAGGCUUAUCUUGUGGCAUUCCUUCGAGUGCUGGUCGACAAGUUGGCGAGUCGUGAGGUGUUCAAGUACUUUGGACUCAUAAAGGGCGUCGACCAAAAGCUGCAGAAAUGGACUGCCACCUUGUCUGCAAUUGGAGCGGUUCUGAAUGAGGCGGAGGAGAGGCAACUAAUUACCGAGAGCAAGCCGCUGAAGCUUUGGCUGGAUGAUCUCAGGGACUUAGCUUAUGACGUGGAAGACGUAUUGGACAAAUAUGCUACUAAAAUGCUCAGACGGGAGAUAGAGCUGGGACAUUAUGCCGGCACCGCAAGAAGGGUCUGGAACUCAGUUCCUAAUGGUGUUUUCAACUACAAAAUAAACUCAAAAAUACAGAAGAUAACUGAGCGUUUACAAGAGAUAUCUCAGCGAAAGGACCAGCUUAGUUUGAAUAUCAUUACUGGGACGACGUCGUCCACUAAGGCACGUCAAAAUUUACCUCCCAGUUCCAGUCAACCAGAUGGACCUGUGAUUGGAAGGGACGAAGACAAAAGGCGGGUCGUGGAAUUUCUGUCGAAACAAGAGCGUGGUGCUGUCAAUUUCGAUGUAGUUGCCAUUGUUGGUAUGGCUGGAGUCGGAAAGACAACACUUGCUGCACAAGUGUUCAAUGAAAUUGAUGCAACCCAGCAAUUUAGACCGACUGCUUGGGUAUGCGUGUCUGAUGACUUCAACCUAGAAAGAGUGACAAAGCAAAUUCUCGAAGCAGUCACAUCCAAACACUAUCCUACAGAAGAUUUCAAUCAGGUUCAACAGUAUCUGCAUACGGAAUUAGCUGGGAAGAAGUUUUUAAUUGUUUUAGAUGAUGUUUGGGGCACAUGUAGCUAUGGUCUAUGGAUGAAACUGCAGUCCCCCUUUCGCACUGGAGCAGCAGGAAGCAAGAUAAUUGUGACAACGCGUGAUGCAGAAGUUUCGAAAAUGAUGGGAGCUGGCACUCUAAUUCAUAAUUUGGAGCCUAUGUCAAAUGACGUUUGUUUUGAAGUAUUUGAGCAGCAUGCAUUCAGUAAUGUCAACAGAGCUAUACCACCAAAUUUCGAGUCACUCAAGGAGAAAAUUGUUGCAAGAUGCAGUGGAUUGCCUUUGGCUGCUAGGACUCUUGGCGGCCUUUUACUUCGUAAAGAGAUGAAUGAAUGGGAGGAAAUAUUGAACAACAAAUUAUGGAGUCUAUCAAAUGAGCGUGACAUACUUCCGGUAUUAAGAUUAAGCUAUCACUACCUUCCUUCACAUUUGAAAAGAUGCUUUGCCUAUUGUUCGAUACUUCCAAAUGACUAUGAAUUUUGUGAGCAGCAAUUGAUUCUUCUGUGGAUGGCAGAGGGUUUGAUUCAACCACAACCAGAACAUAAUAAGCAAAUGGAAGAUUUAGGAACUGACUAUUUUCAGGAGCUCUUAUCGAGGUCAUUAUUUCAGAAAUCAAGCAAUAAAUACAAUUCAACAUAUGUAAUGCAUGACCUCGUUGUUGGUCUGGCAAAGUGGGCAGCAGGAGAUAUUUGUGUUAGAUUGGAGGAUAAGCAGAAUAGCGAUCAUGUACAACAUGGAUGUUUUACGGAGGCCCGCCAUGCGUCAUACAUUUCUGGUAAGUAUGAUGCGGUUAAAAGAUUUGAGGCAUUUUCUGAAGUGAAACAUUUGCGAACCUUCCUACCACUUUCAGGUGAUUAUCCUUCGAAUUAUCUAAGUCGUAAGGUUACUUUUGAUUUAUUGCCAAAAUUGCAAUACUUGCGUGUGCUUUCUCUCAAUGGCUAUCGAGUGACUGAGCUGCCAAAUUCAAUUGGUAAUUUGAAGUAUCUCCGGUAUCUUGAUCUUUCUCACACAUGGAUAAAAAGUUUGCCUGAAUCAACAACCACUCUUUUCAACUUACAGACACUGAUAUUGGAAGGUUGUCGUUAUUUGAAGGCACUACCUAUCAACUUGAGGAAUCUAGUGAAUCUGCGUCAUCUCAACAACUCAAGUGUAUCUUCACUGAAACCAAUGCCUCCGCAACUAGGUCGGUUGACAAAUCUACAAUCUUUGCCUAAUUUUGUGGUGGGUAAAGGUAGUGAUGAAUCAGGGAUAAGAGAGAUAGGAUCCCUAUCCCAUCUCCGAGGGACAUUAUGGCUCUCAAGGUUGGAGAAUGUGAUCGAUGCUGAGGAUGCACGGAAGGCCGACUUAAAAUCCAAGGAGAGAGUAGAUAAAUUGGUGCUAGAAUGGUCGGAUAACACACAAGAAACGCAAUUAGGCGUGCUUGACAGAUUAGAACCUCAUAGAAUGCUUGAAAGUCUCAUCAUCAGGGGUUAUGCUGGAUUAGAAUUUUCAACAUGGAUUGGAGAUCGUUUAUUCUCCACUAUGGUGCAUGUACACUUAGACAAAUGUAAAAAUUGUCAAAUCUUGCCACCACUUGGGCAACUGCCUUUGCUCAAAGAACUUUAUAUUAGAGGAAUGGCUGCAGUGGAAAGUGUUGGUCCUGAGUUUUAUGGGGAGGGUAGCUUGCCUUUUCCAGUACUAGAGACUCUUGAGUUUGAGGAUAUGCAACACUGGAAGAAAUGGGUUCCUUUUGUAGGGGAUCAGGGAAUUGGUGUUUUCCCUUGCUUGAAAUUGCUUUCAAUCAUAAAUUGUCCUCAAUUGGAGGGUAAGGUGCCCGAGAACCUUGAUUCAUUAGAAACACUUAGAAUUAUUGAAUGCCAGGAAUUGGUGAUUUCAAUUUCCAACUAUAAACAAAUUGGUGCAUUAGACAUUGACGGUUGCAAAGCGGUGGUGAAGACAAGUGGCGUUGAGUUUGAGUUAUUAAAUUCCUUGAGACUUUCAAAUAUUUCAGAGGUGAGGUUCCAAACAGGGGAAUUCACCAAAGGAUUAAGGAAGGUUGCGAAUUUGACGAUUGGCGGAUGUGAAGAGCUGACAUCUUCACUGAAGAAUGAGGAUAGAGUAUUGCAACACUUGAUUUCUCUUCAUCGUUUGGUUAUUAAAGGCAACUCUUCCCUCCUUCAAAAGCUGGGAAAAGAAGCAGAGGAGUUGCUGCAAUUGCAAAUGUUGACUUGCAAGCUUAAAUAUCUAGAAUUAUACAACUGUGCAAGUCUUUCGAAGGUACCAGAAGGGUUGCAUCACCUAACGGCUCUUCAAGACCUUAAAAUAGUUGGAUGCUCAAGUCUGGUUUCUUUUCCAGAUGUUGGUCUGCCUCCUUCCCUUCAAGACCUUAAAAUAGUUGGAUGCUCAAGUCUGGUUUCUUUUCCAGAUGUUGGUCUGCCUCCUUCCCUUGAAGUCAUAAGCAUUGAGGAGUGCGAUUCGUUGCUGUAUUUUGCAAAAUACCAGAUUCCCCCAAAUCUAAGAAGAAUACAGAUAGUGCAGUGUAAAAGUUUGAAAUCAUUAGUAGAGAAAGAGGAGGAUAGUUCUUCGUCUUCCUCUUCUUCUCCUAUUUCUCUUGAGCACUUGCAAAUACGGGGAUGUGAAUCUCUAACGUCGUUAUCAUUGAGAGCCAAGGCGCUUAAAAGCCUUGACAUAUGGAAUUGUGAAGAGCUGCAGUUACUAACGUCCGAUGGGUUAGCCCACGACAACACUAAUUAUUGUCUUGAAUAUAUUAGCAUCUGGUCUUGCCCAAAUCUUAACUCGUUACCGGAGGGCCUAUGCCACCUCACCAAUCUUCAAACUUUAAAGAUUUAUGAUUGUGGGAGUCUGGUUUCCAUCCCGAGCUUAAGGGUUUGCCUUCGCCAACAACAACAGCCGCCUCCAGCCUGA